AUGAGUGACGACGUGUUCGAGGACGACACGCUGCGCGCCCCGGCGCCGCGCGGCACGCCCUCGCCGACCGGCUACCGGGACUACCGGCCCGACUCGCCGGCGCGCUCGGCUAUCGAUGACGACAUGCCUAUACAUAAGACGAUUCUUCUUGGUGAUAGUGGAGUCGGUAAGACUUCACUUUUGGUGCAGUUCGAAACCGGGAAGUUUCAAUCCGGGAACUUCUCAGCAACUGUGGGGAUAGGAUUCACGAUACACCCUUCCGCUUUAAAACAAAUUAAUAACGUCGAACGCAAUCAACAUACUGCUUAUGAAAGAUGGAAUAUUUUACAGAGUACUGUUUAUUUAACAGAUCUCUACUCAGCAAAUGGCUUCGAAAUAUGUAAUAAAUAUGAUGUUAAUAAACGCAAAAUAAUUUCAAAAGAAUAG